AUGACCGAGAAGGUGAGCGUUGCGGCCCGCAUUCGGCCCUUGCCGACCCCUGACAGUUUGCUUGCCACUGUGCGGCUCGACGAGCGGAGUGUCUGCGUGGCAAAUCGCCGCGUCUAUCACGUGGAUCGUGUGUACGACCGCCACGAGUCCACGGAUUUGAUCUUCUUUGAGAGUGUGGUGGCGCUUGUCGACCGUUUCCUCGCCGGUUACAACGCCACCGUCCUCGCCUACGGGCAGACGGGCACGGGGAAGACCUACACGAUGGAAGGCCUCACCCCGCUUGUGGUGCGCUACAUCGUGGAGAACAUGUCAAACUCCACGUCGAAGCUCAGUUUCCAGUGCGUCGAGGUGUACGGGGAGGCGCUGCGCGACCUCCUCACGAGUGACCCCGCCGUCUCGACGAAGCACCUGCAGCUGCACGAGAGUGACGGCGACGGGGGUGCGGUGGUGGUGGUGGGCGCCUCGCGGGUGAAGGCCCGCAGCAUCGCCGAGGUGCAAGACAUCAUCGCCCACGGUGCCCGCAUGCGCACGACGGGGGCGACGAACGUGCACGAGCACUCCUCGCGUAGCCACAGCAUCUUUACGAUCUUUAACCACGAGCGGCAGUCGAAGCUGAACCUUGUAGACCUGGCGGGGUCGGAGCGCAACAAAAAGACUCAGAACGUGGGGCUGCGCUUCCGCGAGAGUAUUGCCAUCAACGGGGGGUUGCUGGCGCUGGGAAACGUCAUCCGGGCUCUCAGUCGCAAUCACUUUCAGUUCCCAGACAAUCCGCGUCAUGUGCCGUACCGCAGCAGCAAACUCACACGUCUGCUGCGGGACUCGCUUGGGGGGAACAGCAGCACGCUCCUCAUCGCGUGCGUCGCCGCGGACGCAACGAACGGCGAUGAGACGACGCGAACGCUGCAGUACGGUGCCCUCGCCAUGCACAUCCUGAACGAGCCGCUGCCGCAGUUCGACGAGCAGGUGUCGGCGGCGGAGGCGGCGCGACGAGAUGCCAGCGCCAGAGGCGGCGGAGACACUCCUCCUUCGGCGCCAGCGGAGACGGCAAGGCUGCGGCAGCGAGUUGCGGCACUCGAAGAGCAGGUGCAACGGUGCCGCGACGAGCUUAAAAACGAUGAGGCGGUCUUUGCGCAGCAGAUCAAAGACAUGCGACUGCUGCUGGAGGAAAAUGAGUCACUGAGGCGGCGGGUGGCAUUUCUUGAGGGCCGUCCAACCGCCACGCCGCGCUCAACGCCGGACAUGAAGCAUGACUGUUGUCAGCAACCUCAGCAGCAGCAGCAGCAGCAGCAGCAGAGGACGCCUGAGCGGGUUUUGCCCAACGAGAACUAUAUCCAGAGUACUCUGCAGCUUUACGGCAUAUCGCCUCAGAAGAGCGAGCACAGAGUCCUUUCCCAUCCCGCGUCCCAGCCACUUCAAACUGUCUGGGGAGAAGAGGCGGCGGCGCAGCGGCAUGAGCGGCGCUUACAAACCGGGUCCUUGAAGAGGCCGGUUGAUGCUGCCAGGUGGGAAGAGGGCGCGGCGGCGACUGCAGCAGAUAGGUGCGACUACGCCAACGUCAAUGGGGAGGCCCGUGGUGAGGGAGCUAGACCGUUGACGGCGGGUGAAGACCAACUUGGCCUGCUGGCGAAGGAGGCACUUUACUAUCAAAAUAGUAAUAGCGAGUUGCGCCGCCGUCUUCGCACGGUGCUUGCGAUGUAUGAGGCACAACAGCGCGAGGCAGCCAUGCUGCGUUUGGAAGUUAAACAGAUUCAUGACUUACUCGACGGCCCGCCACACUCUUGA